AUGGCCAAUGUUGAUGGUAGUAGUGGGGCUGAAAAUAUAAGUACAGCGGGGUCGGGGAUUGAUCCAAGCAAGGAUCCAAAAAGGAAGGCUAAGUCUAAUGAUCCUGGGUGGAAGUAUGGAUUCUGGCCUAAUUUAGAAGAUAAGAAUUGUGUCAAGUGUAUCCUUUGUGGGGUGGAUACCAAGGGAGUAAUAAAAAGAUUGAAGCAACACUUGAUUGGUGGUUAUGGAGAUGUAGCCAAGUGCACAAAGACAACUGCAGCAAUUGCUACAGAGAUGAGAGAAGCAAUCUUGAAAAACAAGAAGAGGAGGAUGGAAAUUUUGGAUGUUGAUGGUGAAGAUUUACCUGUGGAAGGGGCCGAAGAAGGGCAUGUAGAGUCUGAUUUGGGGGGGGGGGGGGGGCGGGCUCAAGCCUUAUCCCAAGCUCUGGAACAACUUAAAAAAAAAAAGAAAGUUGUCAUUCAAACCAUAGUCAAACAACAAGUAAGGGGUCCCAUGGAUGCUCAUGUCAAGAGGCGGACUCCUGAAGAGAUUGUUGCAGAAAGGCACGGUAAAGGUCCCCAACAGACUACAAUGGAGAACCGUAUGAGAUCAGAGGAGGAAAGAGAUAAACUUCGUUCUUACUUUGCAAGGUGGGCUUAUGAAAGCGGUGUUCCAUUUAAUGCCUUGAAGCUAAGGAGCUUUGAGGAGUUGGUUGAGGCAAUUGGACAGUAUGGGCCAGGUCUCAAGCCCCCUUCAUUUCAUGAUUAUAGGGUUCCUCUAUUGAAGUCUGAGAAGGAGAAAAUUGAUGAAAUAAAAAAGAAACACAAAAUCUCUUGGAAGAAAGGGUGCACUCUCAUGUCUGAUGGGUGGACAGACAAGAAAGGAAGGCACUUAAUUAAUUUUCUUGUCAACAGUACAGAGGGGACAUUCUUUUUGGGGUCUGUAGAUGCAUCAAGUCAAAUACAAGAUGCGAAAAUGUUAUUUGAGUUCCUUGAUAGUAAGAUUGAGGAGAUUGAAGAGGAGAAUGUGGUUCAAGUGGUCACUGAUAAUGCUUCCAAUUAUGUUGCUACUGGAAGGUUAUUAAUGGAGAAAAGAAAGAAGUUGUAUUGGACUCCAUGUGCAGUUCAUUGCCUAGACCUUAUGAUGGAGGAGAUAGACAAUAUAAAAACAUACAGGUCUGUGAUAUUGAAGGGGAGAAAAAUUACUAGCUUCAUCUAUAGGCAUACUCGCCUUCUUGAAGCUAUGAGGGUACAUACAAGAGGAGCAGACUUAGUGAGGGCUGGAGCAACUAGAUUUGCAUCUUCAUUUUUAACACUUCAGAGCUUAUUGAACGAUAAAGAUAGUUUGAGGAAAUUAUUUCUUUCUGAUCACUGGGAGAGUUCUAAGUUGUCACAUACAGAGCCAGAGAAGCAAAUUGUUGAAAUAGUUAUUUCCACACCUUUCUGGAAUGGUGUGCAAGAUUGCUUGAGACCAUCAUUGCCUCUUCUUCAAGUAUUGAGGAUAGUAGAUGGAGAUGAGAGGCUUGCAUUGCCUGAAGUAUAUAUUGCAAUGGAAGAGAUGGAGCGACCAAUAUAUUUGGCUGCAUUUCUCCUCAAUCCAAGCAAGUACUUUAGUACAAUUGAGAAUGAAUCAGAUGAAUCUUUAGCCAACUCCUUGAUGCAUAAAGCAAAUGAUGCCUAUAAUGAUAUUCUUGCAAGGAUGGUGCCUGAUACAACCUUGCAAGACAAGAUCAGUGGAUAA